AUGGCCUCGGAGACAAAGCCGGGGAUAGAGUCCACAGUCGUGGCGACGAGUGAAAAGGAGGAAGACAAUGAGCACGGCCUCGUAGCUAGCAAAACACUUCUCGAUUUGCUCAACAAAUGGCAAUUGGUUCUCGCCUGGAUUGGACUUCUCCUCGUGUCCUUUACAAACUAUCUCGACAGUGUCACUGUCAGUACAUACUUCGUCUACGCGCUUAGCGAAUUUGAACGGCUGUCGGUAGAAGGCGCCUUGUCUGCUAUCUUCGGCGUCAUUGCACUAGGGAUCCAGGGUGUUCUUGCUACUCUAGCAUGUGAAAUUCACUCCUUUACUAUCGUUGCCGCCUCUGUAUGCCUCAUCACCCUUGCAUUUAUCCUAGAGGCUUCUGCACCAGGCAUAGUCGCUCUGAUUGCGGGCUUCAGUAUUUACGCUGUAGGACUGAUGACGUCUAAAUUUAUGAUAUAUAUCUUAACUGCUGAAUUGAGCAACAUGAGACACCGCGCAUUGUCCUUAGGCGCAGCGAAUUUGCCUGCCAUGAUAUCCCAACUGGGCGGUGCAAAGAUGGCCGAAUCAGUGCUCAAAAGGUUAAGUUGGAGAUGGGGUAUCGCACUCUGGUGUAUCAUGAUUCCUGUCGCUUCGAUCCCACUUUUGGUUGCGCUUUUCCUUGGAAGGAGAAAGGUUCACCAGAAAAGAACGCUAGAAAUGCCAGCAUCUCGGAAGCAAAGAGUUCUGGGAAUAUGGGCUAAAUUGCUAGAACAGGACCUGAUCGGCUGUGUUUUGCUCGCUGCCGGAUGUGCCCUACUUUUCCUCCCCAUCCCUCUGGAGCAUGGUGGAGUGGAAAGGUAUGCUUCGGCCCAUUGUGUCGCUCCCACCGUGAUAGGCUUCUGCGUCCUCAUUGCUUUUGGUGUUUGGGAGGCCAAGUUUGCUCUCAACCCACUCUUCCCAAAAAGGCUGAUUCGCAAUAGGAAUGUGCUGGGCCCAUUGCUCGCGAGCCUCUGUGGUGGAUUUUCCUUGAGCUUCCUGCUGCCAUACUUUUACGUCUAUAUAAUGGUGACGAGUCAGCUCAGCAUCUCGAGUGCCACGUACGUCACGCUGGCACUGACAUUGACCAAUGCCUUCGCACAGCUCUGUUACGGCGCUCUUGUUUCAUGGAUGCAGCGCCCAAAGUGGCUGUUUGUUGCGAACAUGGGCCUGCUGGUUCUUGGUGGCGGCUUGCAGCUCGCCUUUCCCGAUCCGCAUUCUCAGUUGGCUGGCCUGGUGGCAGCCCAAAUUGUCUCAGGAUUUGGCUUUGGAGGUCUCAUGAGCGUUCUUGUCCUUGCUCAAGCCUCAGCACUACCGCAAGAUGUCCCAGUAUUAUCCGCUGCGUACAUUAUACUUGCGAAUUUUGCUACGUCAGUUGCUGGAGCAGUAGCUGGAGGGAUGUGGACCACUAUCCUCGUUAAAAACCUCGAGCAAUACCUUCCCUUGGAAAUCAAAGAUCAGGCAAGAGCAAUAAUGGGCUCGCUCACUGUGGCACAAAGCUACGAAUGGGGCUCUCCGGAGAGGGAGGCUAUCAUCUUGGCGCACAAGAAGACUUUCCGGCAUUUCUUCAUAGGCUUCAUCGUCACUGCUGCAAUGGCUUUCCUGUUCUCUUUCAUCUGUGACGAUGUACACGUUGGCAAAGUUGACGAGGAACGGAAUGCAGCGAAGCGCAGGGCUGAAGAAAAGGAAAACCCGCAAGCACCAUGA